AUUCAUUCGAUUGUGGAUUACAUUUAAUAAUGAAUUCAGAAAAUAUUUCAGAUUCAAAAAUACUUGAAUUUGCAUUUUUGCAAACCUUACAUUCACCUGAGAAUAUUUUCAUUGGAGAAGAUGAUCAACAGAUUCCCGUGUUGCUUUCUCAAUCGAAUGACAAAACCGAAUAUUUAUCUGACUCCACAGAAGUAAUAUCAGUUACUCAAGAGCAAGAAUCUGAAGCAAUAUCUUUCAUAUACAAUGAUGAUGUAUUUGUCGAUGGAUUUGGACCAAAAGCAAUACUUGUGGAGAAUGAUUACAUCAAAGAUUCACAGUCUUCACAAUUCACUGUUCUGCAAUCAUUAAAUGAACAACUGCUCUGUAGCAGUAAUGAAUCAUUUCAGCUGGGGUUGCCUACAACUGAAGAAUAUUUAGUUGAUAACAAGGAAGAUGAUGGAGAAUCGAAGCUUCUCACGAAGCAGAUGCAAAUGGGGAAAUAAUUUGCCAACUUGGUGAAGAAUUCUUGUCGUCAAUAUCAGAUGAAUCGUAUCUUCAGACACUUGAUAAAACAUUAAAUGAACAAGUUAGAGAAAUGUGCGGACAGAUACAUUAUCCUCAUACCGAUCUUGUCCCUGUUACAACUGAACGAAUUCAACCUUUUCCUGUAUUACCUGCAUAUCCAUACGUUGCUACUCCCUUUCAAAUGAGUAAGAAUAGUCAACACUAUCAACACCGCGUGAAAAAACAUCAUGUUGACAAUUUUAAACCUAAGGAACGAAAGAUUAAUUCAAGACAAAUGCGAAGAAAGGAAAAGAGAACUUCUCCCUUGACUUUAAAUGGAGAAACACAAGAAAGAAAAUCGGCAAACAAUCGAGAACGAAAAAGAAUGUUCAAUAUCAACGAAGGAUUUGAUGAAUUGAGGUCUCGUGUUCCAACAUUCCCAUAUGAGAAAAGACUAUCGAAGAUUGACUCAUUGCGUCUUGCUAUUGCAUACAUUGCAUUUCUACGAGAUAUGUUAGAAUCAGAAAAACAUCCAAAUCAGUUUGUGAAGGAAUGUAUCAACGGAAAUCCGGAAUAUAAAUCAAGAAAUGGAACAUCAGUGAUUUAACAACGCGAUUGAUGUGGACUGAAUGGGUCAGAUGAAUGAGUAGCUGCACGAUGAUUGCUUCCUGUUUUUUCGAAGUUCCAUAUUGUUUUAAUUAACAAAGAGUGUACAUUUUCAUGUUUUCACUGAUAGCUGGAAGCACACCUGUAUUAAAAUAUCACAAUUUACUUUUAUUUAUUUUUGUCCAAUUUUAUAUCAGCAUGACUUCUUUAACCCGUCUACUUCAAUACAUAUGGAUUAUGAACAAUAUUUCAGUUUUGUGAUUAUAGAAAGGCGACCUAACCUAUGUCAUUGCAGGAUAGACGAUUUUUUAUCAUAGGUGAUUCAUUUGAGAAACAGACGAAUUAAAAAUGGGUACUUCCGUAGUGUGUGUACCAGGUUAGGGUUAGGCUGUAAUUUUAUUCCGAUUUCC